GAAGAGAGAGAGAGAGAGAGAGAGAGAGAGAGAGAGAGUAUGAAGAGUCGCCCAUAGCUCUGGCUCUCUGAGUCGUCUUCUUCGUCAGUCUUCACUCUCAGCCGAAACAGCUCUGGCUCUCUCAUUAUUAUUUUGUAAACAUGUUAUUCUUGAUGAUAAUUUAUUUCAAUUUCCGCAAGUCAUGAAUUCGCUUUCUUCUUCAUUUACUUGAAGAGCUGGAGCCUCAGUGCUACUGAUCCCAAAGCGGAAACGUGUGAUUACUAUGGGCGGUGCCGCGGUGGGAUUCGCUCAAACGUCAAGAGGUUCACUGUGAAACGCGGCAAUUUGGGUGCAGGGCAUAGCAAUUUGAGUGCGCCUCAAGAUGCUCAUAGCGCGGAGAAGAAACCAUUUUUGCUUCCAGAGACGAACAUGCCUUCAUCAUAUGGCCCAAGUCAAAGUGUCACCGAUGGAACUCCUUUAUCAAGCCCCCAUUAUGACAAAUUCCAGGCUCCAUCACUGGGUGCGAAGGAUUUCAUGGAUAUGUCAAGAUGGAUGAUGGCUAUUAACGAUAAAGAAACAUCAGAGGGUUUACUCAAGAAAAGGAAAUUUGAAACAUCAGAGCUAGAAGAACUCAGUGAAAAGAUUGAAUACGUAAAUGGGUUUGCUCCUGCGUAUAGAUAUCAAACUCCAACUGACAUACUACUUCUUGCGGGUGAUCAUGGGCCUUCAGUACCAGCACAUAAACUCUUAUUGGCAACUAGAUCAAAAAUCUUGAACCACAUUCCAAAUUCAUAUGGAUCCAAAGCUCCAUCGAACCAGGUGAACACCAUAACCCUGCAUGAGUUGAAUCAAGAAGAACUUGAGUCUCUCUUGGAUUUCCUCUAUAAUGCGGACCUGCCUGAAGAAAAAAUGAACAAACAUGCCUACUCCUUGUAUGUCGCUGCCAAUAAAUACGGAAUCCCAUACUUAGAGAAGUUUUGUGUGCGUCAUAUGCUCAAGUCUCUGAGUUCAGCCAAUGCUAUUGAUGUUUUGGAGAUUGCGGAUGCUCAUUCCAGUCAAACAUUGAAGGACAAUGUGAUGAACUACAUUGCCAAAAACAGGAGAGACAUAAUUUUCUCUGCUCAAUUUGAGGCCCUUGCACUCAAGAAUCCGAAUUUGUGCGUGCAGAUUUCAAGGGCAUCAUUGAAGGAUGAGAACAAAAAAUCAGUGAUUAAUGUGAAAAAGAAUAUUAACUCAAGCGCAACUAGGGAAGUAUGCAUGAAGCAGAACCUAGCCAUUCGCCGAAGAGACAAAUAAUUAUAAGAGUGAGGAUACUGAUUAGAGAGUCUCUUUUAUCAUCAAUGGCCUUAUACUACUCUUACUAGGACCUACUGCAAACUCCUUUUUCGGACCUAUGUCCAACGAUUAACUUUGGUACACCAUUUCUUAUUUUCAGGUGCUUUCCCAUUAUAUAUGCCUAUUUUCCAAA